CAUACCGAGCUCUCGUCCGAGAAAUAUCAGUGAACAUAAACAGUCGAUUCUUGUACGCUGAUACGUAAUAACAAUUUUUUAUUCCGGGGAAAAUGAGCCCUGGCUUGGGACACGAUCCUUUGGUAUCGUACAACAUGACUGGUCUCGGAAACGCCGCUCUAUGCUUAUGGCAACAGCCGCAACACAUUUUGUUCCAGUUAGCGAAUUUGUGCUUUGCAUUGUCGUAUUUGGCGCCGUCCUCUAGAAAAGGAAUUCUGUUUAUGCAUUCAGUAUUAAUUAUAGGUUUUGUGUUGCUAUCAGGAUGGGCUUGGCAUGUGAUCUGCGCACCAGAUAUCUUCUCCUGGAACUUCAGCUUCUUAUUGCUCAAUAUCGGUCAAUUAGUGUACAUUAUUUAUCAGAUGAGACCGAUUAGGUUUGAUCCCGAAUUGGAAGAAGCUUAUCACACGCUUUUCUACCCUUUCAAAGUUUCAAGAAUACAAUUCAAGCGAUUAGUAUCGUCAGAAUUUGCAACGAUAAUGUCUCUUCACGCCGGCGAGGCGUAUGCAAUGCAAAACCUAACAAGGACAGACCGAUUAGGAUUGCUACUCACUGGCAAAGUUAACGUUCUGAGCGAAAGCAAUUUUUUACACCCGAUACUGCCUUGUGAAUUUCUGGAUUCGCCAGAAUUUGAAAGUUCGCGUGCUUCCGUCGACGAAAAAUUUAAGGUGUCCAUUAUAGCAGCGAGUUCCUGCAGGUAUUUGUUUUGGCAAAGAACAGCUUUGGAGUAUCUGCUCGUGAAGGAAACUUAUCUCGCAACCGUGUUGACCACGCUGGUGGCAAGAGAUAUCGCAACGAAGCUGUAUGCGAUGAAUAACAAGAUAAUUACAGAUAAAGGAUCACAUUUGGACAUUCGUCUUCCAACUAUUAGCGCUGGUUUAGGAAUUAGCGGCGAAUAUAGAAGUCCUCGAACCUGCAGACAGGCGUUAAUUAAGAAAGAUUCCAAACUGACAUCAAACAAUGUUAGCGGCAUGAAGUUGAAAGAACGGACGGCGAAUAAUCUGAUAAAGAAGGGUGCACCGAACAUGGAGCCUCUGCCGGAAUUGCCAUCCUGCGACGAUCUGGCUUCCAGCGGGGUGGAAAGCUGGCUGGACUCCUCCAGCAAGUAUCACAGCUGCGAGAUUGUUGACGAGGAAUAGCAUUACGCCUCCUACUUGAAUUGCGAAAAUCUCGGCGAUAGCGACAAUGCCGAGCACGAUAUACAAGCCUUCGACUACAAGAAUGCAGACUGGCGGUCAUAUGAUGAUCAGCAAUAAAAUAAUUCAGCGCACACGUCUUUGCUUCCAUUUAAUGCAUAUAAAUUUGAAUUUGUUAGAACUUUUCAAUUUUUGAUGUCAAAUUGUUACGUAAUUAGAAUGUUUUUAGAAUUCUCUGAAGAUUUGCUAAAAAACAGUAGGAAUUCAUCGAAAAGCACAUAUCUAUUGAUCGCAAUAUUGUAUACGAUAUACUCUAUAGGCUUAUUAUUUAGCAACGAAAUUUGCAACGAAAGCACCUUUCGAGAAGUACGCAUAUAAUGUAAAUUUAAAAUGCCAUGUACAUAUUUGUAAAUAUUAAGUCAGAUAACGAGCUCAGAAAGGAUGUAAGUUUUAGCCCGAGCAAGAAGAAGUUACAAAAAUAUUCGAGACGAUUUUUGAAAAGGGCAAAUGUUAAAUAAAGUUGAUACUUGUAUAUAAAAGCGUCUAUGCCGUAUUUGUAAAUAUCGAAGUCGAUCGAACGAUCGAGCUUAACGAGAAUCUAGAGUUUCUUACCAAAACGAGAUUUUUACAAAAAAAUGUGAUCGAAAUGCACAUACAUACAUAAGCAAA